UGAGUCACAUGACCCGCUGUGAGCUGUAAUGUGAUUUUCAGUGAAACAGUGAAGCCGAGCGCCGCGUUCCUGCGAAUAAAACCUACAUGCGAACAGAACAGGCCACAGGUCGAGCAGAAAACCCCGCUUUAUAAACACACAGACCCGCCGGGAUCAGGAGGAAAACGACGAGAUGUCGGGCAAAGACCGGAUCGACAUUUUCCCUUCGAGGAUGGCUCAGACCAUUAUGAAGGCUCGACUGAAAGGAGCUCAGACAGGGAGGAACCUGCUGAAGAAAAAAGCUGACGCCCUUUCCAUGCGUUUCCGGCAGAUUCUCAGGAAGAUCAUUGAGACCAAGACGCUGAUGGGAGAAGUGAUGAGAGAAGCUGCUUUUUCUUUAGCUGAAGCCAAAUUUGCUGCUGGUGACUUUAGCACUACGGUUAUCCAGAAUGUGAACAAGGCCCAGGUCAAGGUUCGAGCCAAAAAGGACAAUGUUGCAGGUGUGACUCUGCCUGUGUUUGAGCACUACCAGGAGGGAGGAGACAGUUAUGAACUGACUGGUCUGGCCAGAGGUGGAGAGCAGCUGUCCAGGCUGAAGAGAAACUACGCUAAAGCUGUAGAGCUGCUGGUGGAAUUGGCCUCUCUGCAGACCUCUUUUGUCACCUUGGAUGAGGCCAUCAAGAUCACCAACCGCCGUGUGAAUGCUAUUGAGCAUGUGAUUAUCCCACGUAUCGAGCGCACUCUCACUUAUAUUAUCACUGAGCUGGAUGAGAGAGAAAGAGAAGAGUUUUAUAGGCUGAAGAAGAUCCAGGAGAAGAAGAAGCAGCUUCGUGAGAGGACGGAGAAAGAGAUAGCACAGCGUUUGGCUAAACUGGGUCCAAUGGCCGAGCCGGCCAACAUUCUGACCGAAGAGGCCGACGAAGACCUGCUGUUUGAAUGAUGCUUCCAAUCCAAGGUCCUAUUUAUUCUGUGUGCCUCAGAGGCCAAUAUUCAACAUGGUUUUGUGAAAUGAAAACUAAUUGUCAUUGUUUUGUGUAUACGAUGGUGGUUAUGUUCUGCUUUCUAUUUUGUUUUUGGGAGAAGAGGAAUGUGUGUCACAACAAAUGCAUGUUCAAUAGAACACUCUGUAAAAAAAAAAAUCAUUGAUUUUUCUGUAUUAUAAGUGUUCUGUAUUUGGUCUUGUCUAUGUGAGUCACUUAUUUUUGAUGAUUGAAUAUCAUGCAUAUAGAGUAGUCACAGAGAUUUGUUCCUAAAUGACCUAAAAUAACCAUUCCAGUGCUUAAUCAGACCCCUGAGCUUCCCAGAAUGUUAUUGCUUACUGUUAUCCAUCAAAAUGCAGUGUAGUUCCUCUUACCCCUGUGUGUAGAAAUCUACAGGUCCUUGUUUACACUGAGUGUGGACAGUGGCUGAAUUCUCGGUUAGGAGUAUCAAGCAUUUAUCAGUUCAGCUCCACCCUCAUACUGAUCCACUGUUUGACUGGAGUGAUAAUGUUAAGCCCUUCUCUAUUGACUCUGACUGCUCUUCUAUUUAAUUUCAAUAAAGUGUAUAG